UUUGACCACAAAUGUGUCGAAAUGUAGCUGUCGAUUGAUAUUUCACUGAAUUACCUCGCUAGUUGGAUACCUUCCUGUAAUUAGUUGGUGUUCGGCUGUAUUUAAUUGUUGGCAUGAUAUUGAUCGUUUACCUUGCAUGCUGGUUCACGCGAUCCCCCACAAAUACCGUUAUCUGGUUUAAACAUUUCGUCAAGUAAUAUUGAUUCACUCAACACCGUCUGCAUAUUGUAAUUCGAGCUGCAUAAUAAGAUUGCUUCAUUGUUUUAAAGAUUUUUUAAAAUUGCGUUUUUUCAAAAGCGAAAGCUAUGGGUGAACAAUGAAAAAGUAAAAAGGAAACUGAACUAGCAAACCCGCUCUUAAUACAAACUAAAGCUGAAGUGGAAUUGAAAGGAAAAUACAAACUGGAGAAAGAUUGGUGGUUAUUCAGAUGGGCAGCUGUCAUGUCUUCGACUUCUAAAAAACACAAGGACUUUGUGGCCGAGCCCAUGGGCGAAAAGCCUGUGAUGGCGUUGGCUGGAAUAGGGGAGGCUCUUGGGAAGAGACUUGAAGAGAAGGGCUUUGACAAGGCAUAUGUAGUUUUAAGUCAGUUCCUGGUGUUGAAGAAGGACGAGGAGCUGUUCGGGGAGUGGAUGAAAGACACGUGCGGUGCGAAUGCCAAGCAGCAGCGUGACUGCUCCGGCUGCCUGCGCGAGUGGAGCGACUCGUUCCUGUAGUGCCGCUCGUCAACGACGAAGCAGCGCCGCGUUUUCACGGUCUCCAUGCAUUUCAUCCGCCGUCCUUCACUCUUCUACAGGCUGCUCAGCUCUCGCCGUACCUCGGAUCACAAUAUGUGUGUUGGACUUCUGGGGGUUCUGGGGGCACGAUUUGGCUCAUCAUUUCUGUAAACCUUAGGCUGUUUGCGUUCAGAAGUACAUGCACUGCCACUCCGCACAACCUUUCCGACUGUUAUUGUGGUUUCCUAGACACGACCCUAUAUUAUUAAAAUGGCAUGGCUUUUAAAAAGUUUUAAACAUAACACAGCUUUUAAACAGUUUCUUUCUUUCUUUUCUUUUUUGGUGCUCUCAUUCUGAUACAUUUGGUACAUUCUGGUUUUAAAUGACCGUUUGUGCUUUAAUGCAUCAAAAUGUCAGACUGAAUUGAAGUGGUUUGGGCAGUUGCAACACUUGUGAUAUUAAUGUUUUAGCUGUGAACUAGUUUUAAUUUCACAAGUUUCAGCUUCCAGCAGUUUAAUUACGAGAAACAAAUGACUGAAGGUUUUCAGUGAACUGACAAAAUUCUCCCAAAUGUGAAGUUUUUCAGAGGUUAUUUUUCUGAUGUCCUAUAAAUGAAGUAAAGGAAGUGGUGGAUAAUGACACUGGUUUUUGUUUUUGUCUUGACUGUGGGAUGGAGGGAAUAUAUGCUGUUAACGUUUUUUUAUUUUAUUUACAAUUGUGCCCUGUAGUUUGUUGAGGAUCUGACCUUUCUAAAAAAAUAAAUAAAAUCAAGCAUAAAACUUU